AUGAAGGCCUUUUACUUGCUGACAUCUCUCGCCGCCGGCGCCGCCGUCGCCCAACAGGCCCAACUCUGCGAUCAAUACGCCACCUACACCGGUGGCGUGUACACCAUCAACAACAACCUGUGGGGCGAGGACGCCGGCUCCGGCUCGCAAUGCACCACGGUCAACUCCGCCUCCAGCGCGGGCACAUCUUGGUCGACGAAAUGGAACUGGUCCGGCGGGGAAAACUCAGUCAAAAGCUACGCCAACUCCGGCUUGAGCUUUAACAAGAAGCUCGUCAGCCAGAUCAGCCGGAUCCCCACCGCCGCCCGGUGGAGCUAUGACAACACGGGCAUCCGCGCGGACGUGGCCUACGAUCUGUUCACCGCGGCGGAUAUCAACCAUGUUACUUGGAGUGGGGAUUAUGAACUUAUGAUCUGGCUUGCUCGCUACGGCGGAGUUCAGCCCCUUGGAUCCCAGAUCGCGACCGCCACGGUCGAGGGCCAGACCUGGGAGCUGUGGUACGGCGUCAACGGGGCGCAGAAGACAUACAGCUUUGUGGCUCCCACCCCGAUCACCUCGUUUCAGGGCGACGUCAACGAUUUCUUCAAGUACCUGACGCAGAACCACGGCUUUCCCGCCAGUAGCCAGUAUCUCAUCACGCUCCAAUUCGGCACCGAGCCUUUCACGGGUGGUCCCGCCACGCUCACCGUCUCGGACUGGUCUGCCAGCGUACAGUAGGUUGGUACUCUGUGAGAUCGCAAUGCGAUGACUUUACUGGGCCACUAGGGUUCUCAUCGAAAUUUGCGGUUAUGUUGCCAUGGCGGUCUAGUCUCUUUCACAACAGACAUGCUUUAAGAAAUCCCAACGUAUCAUACUUAGAUCAGGUUCUUUUGAGACAUGACCCAAUGAAGAAGAAAUUUUAGUUUCCCG